AUGGAAAUUACAUUGAAAGUGCUAAACAUUUUUAUAUUCGGCCUUAUGCUAGAUAUCGUCAUCGUCAGUAAAACCAACGAUACGGUAACCUUGGUAUUCCGUUCAUCUUCUUUGGCAGCACUGUCGUCAAAUGGCGUUACUGUGCAAAAAGGGGUUAUUCACAACACAUCCAAAGAAGAUUGGGAGCUCGCAACGAAAAUUAAUGCAGUUGGACCACCAGUGCGAGAUGGCAAUGGCUGGUACAAGGUAUGGAAAGAUCUGAAAUUAAAAGUUAAAAAGAAAAUGAUCCAUAACAAAAAAGAGGCAAGAUCAACCGGCGGAGGAAUUUUUAAUCAAAUGGCAUUGGCUCCACUUGAAGAAACCGUGGCAAAUUUAAUGGGAUUUGAAGAAUUGCUAAAUCCAGCUGGUUACGUGUAUGGUGUUGCGAACGAACCAACAAGUCCCCGCUCUGCGGCUACUACCGCCACAGAUUGCGAUGAGCCCAUUCUCGCAUAUUCACGUGCAACCAACUUAGCAGCAGCCGCUACAAAUGAUGAUGAGGCGAUUGCCGGACCUUCGCGUAUUACAAACGCCGCACAGCCACCUCGUAGGAAAGCGAACCCCAAAGAGGAUAAAAUGAAACUAGUGGAUGUACAAACAACAGCACUGAAACAAAUUAAAAAAAUUCCGGAAAAAAGUGCUCGGUACCAGCGUAGACAAUACCGCCUGGCGGAGGAACAACGGAAGCUGUUAAAAGAACGAGAAGAGGAGACUUUCAAGAUAGAUAUACAAAAAAAAAAAAAAUAGAAAUACUGCAAAAUCAAUUAGAUAAUUA